UUCACACAUUUUUAGCCCAAUCUACAAAUCUUCAAAGGUUUACAGAAAAGCUGAGGACCAUCUGUUCUUUGAAUGAAAGCUGAAUCAUUUUACAGAGCACAGAGGAUGGAAAUUGGGGCUGGAGAAGUGUAGGAAAGCAGAAAAAGAGGUGUAGUUUUUCCAGAGGGGCGUUGCAGGGCUGGGCAGGGGUGUGUGUUUGUGCGUAAGGGGCUGGUUUUUUCUUUCCAUUUGGGGGGGUUCAGGGUAUCAUUUUCACCCGUGUCCGUCCCGCCCCCUCCAUGAGUACACCCAGCACACACGCCAGGUCCCAAAGUGGCCACAGAGACUCUGAGACUCGGACUAAAGUGGCAAGAUGAGCGCCCUGUGUCCGCUCCUGUCUGCCCUGUUCCUGGCACUACUAUACCUGCUCCAGACUGCCAACGGAGUUUCCUAUUUCGGGGACAGCUACUGUCGGAUAGAUGCCGUUCAGGACCUGUCAAGUUUUCGAGUGUCGCUCCAAUUUAAAACAAGCAGACGUAGCGGCCUACUCCUAUUGGCGGCAGGACACAGAGAUUACCUCUCGCUGGAGCUCUACAAUGGCAGAUUACAGGCUAGGAUUGACAUGGGUUCCGGAGAAAAGGUUCUCUCCUCCACCGUGGGUCUCCAGCUCAGUAACCUUCUGGACCAUCAUGUGUCUCUCAUUCUGAAAGACUCCAAACUUACUAUGGCUGUUGAUAACCUCUACACCACAUUCAUCCCAUUGGAGAAUGAAGAUGAGGAUCUGAACAUCGACCAGGGCGUUUUUCUUGGAGGCGUGAGGGACCUGGAAGUGGAGUAUCUGAGCACAGCUAUUCCCUCUCUGCGAGGCUGCAUGAGCAACGUUAUGUUUGAGUCUCAUGACUUUGAUAUUCUGGCUUCAGCAGCAACAGUCUGCUAUGACACCAAGAACAGCUGCAGCAGUGAGUUUGAGGCAGGGGACGGAGAGAGCACAAGCUUUAUCAGUCCAGAAUCUUUCAUCUCUUUCCCUACCUGGACCAGACCUAGUUCAGGUUACCGUAGUCUAGAGAUGCUGAUGAAGACGACCAUUGAGGAUGCUCUGUUGCUAUUUCACCCAGGAGACCAGACAGAUUUCAUUGCAAUUGGAAUGUCAAGAGGAUUCCUAAAAGGUGUAUUGGAUACGGGAACUGGAAUGUAUGUUCUAGACAAUGUGAAUGUCAAAGUAGAUGAUGAUCAGUGGCACAGAGUAAAAGUUCAAAUUGACACAAAGGAGUUCUUGAUUAGUGUGGACAGUCAAAUGGUAUCACUCCCUCUUAAUGAGACAGAAAAGCUGGAUCUAGUGGGGAACCUGUACCUGGGAGGCAUUCAAAGGAAGAUGAAGGAUGUAUUUCAAAAUUACUUGGCUCGUGUGGAGGAGGAAGUCUCAACUGAGUCCUUUAUUGGUUGUUUAGGAGAAAUCAAGGUGAAUCACAAGGACAGAAGCCUGCAGGAUGCUCUGAUAACUAAAGACAUUCAUGUGAAAUGUGAAGGAGAAUAUGAUGAAUAUGAAUCGACUUAUGAUGAAGAUUUGGAGUUAACAACUACACAUCCAGUAAGAAUCACAUACAUUAACAACAAUGAAAGACACUGUUUCCCUACAGAGGACCUGCCAGAGAUUUUCCGCAAUAUUUCCAGGCUCCUGGACAUCACUCCUCUGCUGGUUCCUGAAGGAGGACAGGCCAACAUCGAAAUUGUAAACCUAAACCCAACAUUUAACCUAAAAGCUGCAGGUGUUCGUGAAUCUGAGAUCAUCUUUACUCUGUUAAACGAUCCCUGGUAUGGACUGGUUGAUAUAAACUUAAGACAGACAAGAGUAAAGAAGUUUACCCUUCUGGAUGUUGUUAACAAGAAAAUCAAGUAUCUUCAUGAUGGCAAUGAUAGGUAUGAAGAUCAGAUCCAGCUGGAAGUAACUGUUCAUGGAACGAAUCUCCCAGAGUGCUUGAGUGUUGCACGCAAGUAUCUGUUACCGGUGGAGAUCAUCCCGGUCAAUGACAUCCCUCAGCUUAGUGCAGGUGACAUCUCAAUCACAGCUAACGGACGCACACGUUUGAGCCCAAACCUCAUAAAAAUUUCAGACUCUGACAAUCGUUGUGAUGAACUCAAGGUCACAGUCACGUCAGACCGUACUGCUGCUGGAUAUCUGGAAAAUGCUCAACAACCAGGAUUUGGUCUAAGAGAGUUUACUUGUAGACAGCUAAAAGAAGGAAAUAUCUACUAUGUGCACAAAGGAGGAGAAGUGCCAGAACUUACCUUACAGGUCUCAGAUGCAGAUUCGGUCAGCCAUUCAAGCACAUUUAAAUUACUUAUAACCCAGCCACAGAUGACUGUAGUCACAAAUACUGGUCUUUUCAUCACUCAGGAUGACAGCAGCCCUAUUGGAAUACAAAAUCUGGCCAUUUCUGCAACUCCAAAAACUGGUGACGUCGUAUAUAAUGUUACUCAGCCACUUCAGUUUGGAGAACUGCAAUUGAUCUCAGAUGAUGGGGUACCAAAAAGAGUCACACUAUUUCAUCAGUCUGAUCUGGAGCAGAACCGACUGAAAUAUGUUCCUAACCCCACAGCUGAUCUCAAGGGCACAGAAACAGAGUUUAUUCACUUCAAUGCACAGCUUGGACAGGUCGUUCUCCAAGACAACUUGUUUAUGAUAAAGAUCAUGCCUGCCCUUAUAGGAAUAGCUACAAGUGUUCCUCUAGAAGUUGAAGAUGGCCAGCAAAAAGUCAUUAAACUUGAACAACUACAAGCUUUUGUGACGGAAAGCAAUACUGAAUCAAGAUCAAUCCAGUACAUAAUUACAAAAAGCCCAGUCCAGGGAGUCUUGAUGAUGCUUGAUAAAGAGUUGACUGAUGGUGACACCUUCACCCAACAAGACAUUUUGAACGGUUUCAUCAGUUACAGUCCUCGCAUCCGCAGAGCACUAGACUUUGAGGAUCAAUUUCAGUUCAAAGUAUUAGCAGAGGAUCAGUACUCCAGAGAGUACACUUUUCCAAUCAAAAUCAAGGCUGAUUCUGAUGUUCCUGUCCUCAUCAACGAGAGACUUGUUGUGCUGGACGGAAAGGAAAACAUUAUAAAUAAAGAAUACCUCUGGGUUCAAACCUCCACCUCAACAGACUUUAUGUACAGGAUAGUACAAGAUCCCAAACAUGGUCGUCUUUUCAGAGACUCCCCACCUGGAAUGCAAAGGUUUGAUGGAGCAAUUCGAGUCUUUAGCAACGAGGAUCUCUCUUUGAAUAGGUUGGUCUACAAACAUGAUGGAUCAGAGGCAAAUCAUGAUCAAUUUUCCUUUCUGGCAUUUGAUUCAAGAGGUGGCAAUGGUUGGCAAGCAGAGGGUCAUGAGGUACUAAGGGGUGUGUUUAACAUUGCAAUACAAUCCAGGAAUGACUACAUACCUCAAAGGGUAAUCCACAAACCUUUUAAUGUUGUCAGAAAUGGCCAGCGUUUAUUGACCACUGAUGACAUUUUGUUCAAAGACGAUGACGCUGACUUUAAUGACACCCAGCUGGUUUACGUGAGAGUGGGAAUACUUUCCGGAAACAUUGUCUCCGCAGCAGACCCAACGCAACCUCUCUACCGCUUUACCCAGGCCGACCUGAGGGACGGAAAGGUUUUGUUUGUCCAUCAUGGGGCAGAUCGUGAGCGAUUCCAACUUCAAGUAUCUGAUGGUUUACAUAAGACAACAGCUGUACUUCAGGUGCAAGCAGGUGACCCUUACCUACGUAUAGCCAACAAUACCAUGGUGAUCAUGGACCAUGGUAGCACCAAGACACUGAACACCAGUCUGCUAAGUGCAGAGACCAACAUGGACAUUAGAGGUGCAGCUGAGAUAAUUUAUCAUGUGACUUCUCUUCCCAGUAAUGGUAGGAUUAUAGUCAGUGGAAUUGAAUCGUCCACAUUUACACAAGAGGACCUAACUAAGGGUGUGGUGUCCUACGAACACAGUGACCAGAGCCUUAGCUCCAAAGAUUCCUUUGCCUUCACCGUGCAAGCUAAGGGUUGGUCCACGGAGGGUACUUUUAGGAUAAAGAUAUUCAAGAAAGGAUACCUAUCACUGCCGAAGGUUGUGUCAAACCUGGUGAUACUUGCCUACGAAGGAGAGCAUUCUGUUAUUAAUAAAAGCCACCUGGAGGUGAUGCAAAAAGACAUCCUGCCCAAAGAGAUGGUGUACUCCGUCAAAGACUUUCCACGGCUGGGACAUGUGGUCAAACUCAAUAACGACUCGGACAGCACGGCAUCACCCGUGCUGGACUACAUUCAAUCCUUCACACAACAGGACAUAAACCUGGGCAGAAUCUUUUACGUCUCUGCUUCUCUUCAGGGCCUGGACCACUUCACCGUCGAUGUCAGCAAUGGCUUCACCACCAUAGAAGAUCUACAGGUGCAAGUGGUCAUUGUGCCACGCAUCAUACCCGUCCAGGUGGUCAACCUCACUGUGAGGGAAGGUGGAUCUGUGCCACUGACCCAAGAGAUUCUGAAUAUCACACACCAAUUCUACCGUUCCAUGAACAUCGAGUUUUUUAUGGAGGAGGCACCUCAGCAUGGAGAAAUUAAGUAUCUGGAUGAAGAAGAUGGACUUAUCACAUUCACCUGGGAUGAUGUACAACAGGGACAGGUGUACUACUUCCACGACAGCAGCGAGACCACAGAGGACAGUUUCAGCCUCAUGGCGGCCGCUUUUCACAUGAACCGCCGAAGUGCGUCCUUGAACAUCGGCGUCACCAUCCUCCCGGUGAACGACGAGGCUCCCCGCCUCCAGCGCAACACCGGAAUGGAGCUUCUAGCCGGCGAGGAGUCUGAAAUCACAGCUAAUAUGCUGAGCAGCGAAGAUCAUGACACCCCUCCGGAGGAGCUGGUGUAUGCUAUCGAGAUGCCCAGCAAUGGGAUCGUUGCCUUUAAAGUGUCCCCGGAUGACAGCGUGGACAGUUUCACCCAGGCUCAGAUUAAUAAUGGAGAAGUUUUAUUCAUUCAUCAGGGUUCAGAGUCUGGUGGGUUCAGUUUCACCGUGACUGAUGGAGAACACACUACACCUCUCUACCGCUUCACUGUCAAGGCAAGACAGCUUACCAUCUCCAUGGAAACAAAGGGAGAACUCAUGGUCUUCCCAGGCACCAGGCAGGUGAUCAGUGGAGAUGUUUUGCGGGCCAUAACAAGUGAAGACGGUGAUGAAAUCACAUACUCACUAGUGAAACCUCCUCGCUUGGGACGAAUAAUCAAAUCUAACCAGCAUGGACAGUUUGAGGAGAUUACUAGAUUCACACAGACUGAGUUGGAUGCAGGUGCCGUAUAUUAUGAGCAUCAGAUGCCGGCUGAGCCCUUCUGGGUCCUGAAAGACUCUGUUGAGCUGGCCCUUACAUCGCCUCCUGCAAUAGAUCUGCAUCACAGCCUGCCAGUCACCGUGUCAUACUACGCAGCCAAUCAAAACGUGUCAUCUCAGCUCUGGAAGAACAAAGGUAUAUCUGUGGUGCAGGGUCAGUCUAAAGUGAUUGACAGCUCUGUUUUGGAUGCUUCUAACCUGCUGGCCAGUUUGCCUGAGCAGAAGCGGGCAGGGCAAGAUAUUGUCUAUGAAGUGCGACAGUUCCCCAAUCAUGGACGACUCACUCUCGGAGGGUCUGACCUGCCUCGCGAUUCUCCCCGUUUCCUGCAGGAUGACGUGGCACGUGGUAAUCUUGAGUACAAUCACGAUGACUCCGGAGCAUCUUCUGAUAGUUUCUCUUUCCGAGUCCAUCUGAACCCCACUGGCCGCACUCCGCAAAUCCAGCCUGGUGCCGUGGUUUUGGAGGAGAUCUUUCUGCUCUCCAUCAGACGGCGAGACUCAAACCCACCAGAACUUGUAAGCUUGGACCUGCUCCUGGAAGCACUGCAGGGGUCCACAACCGUUAUCUCCAAAAAAUACCUCAACACAGUUGACCAGGACAGCACACCGGAUGAAGUCCGAUUUACCAUCUCCAAGAAUCCAGCUAACGGAUAUAUAAUCUACAACAACACCGGAGACCGGAUCAACCAGUUCAGCCAAGAAGACAUUAAUAAUGGGCGGGUUGCUUUUGUCAGCGAUGGAAGUCUUUCCAAUGGUUUCAUGGAAUUUGUAGUGUCUGACGGGAAACACCAGACAGACCCAUACACGCUGCAUAUUGGAAUCCUGGCUAAGUCUCUGAUACUGAACAAAGCUCCAGAGAUCCACGUAAGGCAAGGAGAUGAUGAGACGCUAAUCACAGAGGACAUGCUGAGCACCUCCACUAGGGGUCCCGUGGAGGAAGAUGUACUCUAUAAGAUCACCAAUGUCCCAAAAUAUGCAGCUGUAAUGGUUGACAGACAGCCCACAUCGGCUUUCACACAGAAGCAGAUCAAAGAGGGAAGAGUGAGUGUCCGUUUCGUUAAGUCCACCUCACCAAGAGAUAGCGUGGCCUUUGUGGCCCGAAGCAGGGCAGCGAAUGUGUCCUCUGUCCUCAACAUUACAGUGAAACCAUUGGCAAAGGUGGCCCAGAAUCCCCUGCUCCCCAGAGGUGCUACAGUACUCGUAGACAGAAAGCUGCUGGAUGCUACACCUCUGGCCAAUAAGACCAGAACAUCUCCAACCUUCAGCAUGAUCCAACAACCUCAAGGAGCUCGGUUCAUCAAGAGUGGUGGACAAGAUGAUGGCCAACCAGUGAGUUCUUUCACCCAACGAGACCUGGAUGAAGGUCGGAUAACUCUGGAGAUCUUAAACACAACUGGGGGUCAGAGCGCCGGAGGUCAAAGUCAAGAUGAAGCACGCUUCCUCCUAAAAGCACACGGCGUACCUCCUGCAGAGUGUGUCUUGCCCUUCCAUGUGGUCCCAUAUGACCCUUCUAAAGUUUAUGGUGCUACGCUGCUCAAAGUGCCAUCGGUGAUUGUCAAGAGCGAUCCAGGACAAGCUGAGCCCAGGUGGAGAGGAGAUGGUGAAGUGGCUUCUGGCAGCACUACAGCGACUCCUGUGGUGUCUAGAAGAAAUACACUGUGGGCUAUCCUUAUUCCCAUCCUCGUCAUCCUCCUCCUCAUGCUCCUCGCUGCAAUGCUGGCCUACUAUUUGGUCCGUCGCAACAAGACCGGGAAACACAAUGUCCAAACGGUGGCAGCAAAGCCGAAGAAUGGAGAAGUGAGUCAGGAGACUUUUAGGAAAACCGAUCCUGCGAACAACAUCCCCAUGUCAAACAUGGACUCCAAAGGCGCAGAUCCUGAGUUAAUACAGCACUGUCGGACAACAAACCCAGCACUGAAAAAAAACCAGUACUGGGUUUGAGAUAGGGAGGCGAUGGGACACUUCUGUUUUUAAGGCCUUGAAUCAUUCCAGUCAGUGUUAUACAGUUUUCUUGCCAUUAUUGAUGCUUAUGAAGUCCAGCACAUAUCUGAGUUUAGGGUAUCUUAGAUGGCACAGCCAGAUCUGUGUGUGUUUGUGCUGAUGUUCUAAUAGUCACAUGAUCAUUUCUCAACUGAGGUGGAAUUAACCAACUUUUAGGGUACUUUUGGACAAGAACAUAACAUGUUAUGUUUGAACAAUCCUUUUUAUGUAUGUUUAGGCAGUAAAUGGUUUAGGAUCUUAUUUUUUAGUGUUAUUCACGUUUAUGUUUGUGUUGCUUUUAAGCAAUCAAUAGAUGUGCCAUUUUUCCAGCAGCCUAUUUUCUUUUGUGACGCAUUGUGUGGCUUAAAAUUGCGCUGACAAUUUGGCACCUUUGUGAUCACUUGUUUAAAGGAAUAUUCUAACUUCAAUACAAGUUAAGCUCUGUCAACAGCAUCUGUUAUGUAAUGUUGAUUACUUGAGAAAAUAACAAAAUGGCUUGCACUUACAGUGGAAGUCGAUGCAGCAAGUCAUUGCUCCUUUAAAUUACACAGAGAAGUAUAGGCACACAACUUACAUUUUCUAAAUUACCUACUAUCUAUAAAUGGCUUGCUAGCCUUGUCUGGGAAAGGUUAUUCAAUUUCAUCCAAUUAUGGCCACGUAAAGCCCGUAAACACUAAUCAAUCUAUCCCAUUGCAAAAGGUAUUAUUCAGACCAGUUUUUCCUAAAUCUAUUACCAACAUUCUUUAUGUCCUGGAUCUACUAACGAUAUUAUGAAUGACAUCAAACAUUCCACCAGCACCUUACAAAUUUCCAACCCUAUGCGAUAUAUUGUCCCAUAGAUUCUCACUGCAAGUGCUUGUUAAUGUUUUUUUCUUUGGUAACUAACAGUCAUGGAAUUAUAAAGCUGAAGCUAUGUUUUAGUUUUCUGUUUCAAAGUGCAUGAUGUAAAUUUCAAUUAUAUAUGGGCUGUUGUAAAGAAUGGUUAAAAGAAUGUAGAAAAAGCAGGAAAAACUACAGAUGUUGAUGGUAGAAACAACACAGUGGAAUUUUAAAGAAAACAGAAGAAAAAAUGAUAACGUUAUCUCUUCUACUACUUUUUUUUUUGUAUAGAACUUCAAAGCUAGGAAACCAUAGGGUCACAGCUCCCUGCUGUCCUCUACAGGUCAAAAGAAGUAUUACAAAGCAACAGUGUUGUGGUCAAUGAAGUAUGAAUAGAAAAGUCUAGUACAUUUGAAUGUGUGAGAGAUGUAACAGCAGUUGGAAAAAUUAUACAUACUCUGAUUCACUUUGGUCAGAUUAUGGUGCUAGUGCCGCUUUAAAAUCUUAUCAUGCCUGCUCAAAAAGAGUAAUCUCACAGCCAUGCCACAUAUCCUUCUCAGUUUUGACACAUAAACAGUGCUGAGAUUUCUUGGUUCGAGAGUGUAAAUGAGACUAAUCACUAAUCAUCAUAUCAGCCGUGUGAAAGUAAAACGAACAGCCUUACUGAAUGCUUUUAGUUAUUUUUCUAUAAAUCUAUCUUUUCUACUCUGUUGUGUUUGUUUUGUCCGUACAUGCUUUCAUCCACUGCACUGAUUACAGGCACUGAAGAACUGUAAAGUUUUCUCCUCUAGAACUGCAGCCACGGUCAGGAAGUGAGUCAGCAGUGGCUGUAUUCACACUGUGUCCUGAUUGGCUGCAGGGAAGGUAUGAGGUCAUUAUUCCUCAGGCUGCAGCGUCUAUUUUCCAGAGCUGUUUCUGAGCUCAGUUCAUAACUUUUUUUUGUUUUAGGUUUAAAAAUACAUAAAAAUAUGUACGUUGUUGCAUGGCUGGGUGAAAGUAUGUCUGAGCAUUUUUUACAACAUUAUGUCUAGGGUUUACAGAAAUCUCGACCAUUUGAGAAAUAUAUCUCUGCGGUGUUUGAAAUAAAGAAACCUAAAACAGUAUAGCUAACAGUAUAGUUCAUCAAAAAUAACAAUUCUUUCAUAAAUGAACCAAGCCUUCCGAUAAGUCGUUAAAAUCCACUAUGACUUUAUUUGUUGCAUGUCACUGAAAUUGAAUUAAUAUAUUUCAUGAUACUUUUGGGGUUUGCUAGAUAUCAUUGUAUGCAAACAGUGGCUUGGAAAACUUUGUUCCACGAAUGAUGGAAAGUCAUAUGGGUUUGGAUCGAUCUGAGGGUGAGUGAAUAGAGUUUUCUAUUUCUUAAAAAAUGUUCUUGCUUCCCAUAUGUCACUUAUUGUCUCAGAAUUGCAGUUAACCAUUUGGACUGAACUAUUUUAAAAUGUUUUAAUCGUUUUUUUGGCUUUUCUUAUCUAACAAUAGUGACGUUUCUUAUAAUCAUAGACCAGUUCUUCUACAUCAUUCUAGAGUUUACUUUAAUUAUAUACAGACACGAUCAGUUCGCAAUGUACUGCAUAUGGAAUUUAUAACACUGUUGAUCUGAUUUUCCCUUUUCUUUAUUAAGCUAGUAUUAACUGCAUAUCCUGGGGUUACAAUAUCCCAUCUGAGACCUCUCAGGACAUUUGUAUCUGUGUUUCUGCAGAGCAGAAUUGAGAUCACAUGAAAACUCAGGACAUCAAUGGUAUUUGUUCUCUGGGUAUUUAUGGGAAUAUGUUGACCUUAAACCCAAAACCACGUACAACCCCACAACCCUCUUCUUUUUUGUGUGUGUGUGUGUUUUUGAAUUCUGUUUGCUUGUAAAUAUAUUAUGUCAGAUCACAUAGCCUGUCAUAAGAAUCAAAAUGCACUUUCCUCCAGCUCUUCAAUGAUUUCAUUUGUGGGUGAGAGUUUUCAUUUCUAGUGUUUAUUUAUUUUUAGCAUCUAUAUUCGGUUUAGUUUUUGCUCUUUUAAAAAAGUUUGUGAACAUGCGAUUCAUUAUGUCCCUAUAGAAAAAAGUAAUAUGUCAUGGUCCCAACAACAAAAUAAAAAAUAAAAAAAGA